AUGGGGUGCGUACACUCGAAAGCAAAGAAGGUUAAGGGUCCCGGAGGAGCCGACGGCGAAAAGCAUGAGUCGACGACUGCCGGCGGAGAGAAGGGUGGCCCGAACAAGGGCAUGUCUUCGCCCUCAGGCACUGGAGAAAACUCCUCCAAGACGGAGCAGGCGCCUCCGGCCGAGCCAAAGAAAGAGAACGCCAUGGCCAUGACUCCCGGCAUGUACAUCACGCAGCAGAAGGCGCACUUGUCCGAUCGCUAUCAGCGCGUGAAGAAGCUGGGCAGUGGCGCGUAUGGAGAGGUGCUGCUGUGCAAAGACAAGUUGACCGGUGCGGAGCGGGCCAUCAAGAUCAUCAAGAAGUCCUCCGUGACCACGACAAGCAACAGCGGAGCGCUCCUCGACGAAGUCGCCGUCCUGAAGCAGCUGGAUCACCCCAACAUCAUGAAGCUCUACGAGUUCUUCGAGGACAAACGGAACUACUAUCUCGUGAUGGAGGCGUACCGCGGCGGCGAGCUUUUCGAUGAGAUCAUCCUGCGCCAGAAAUUUAGCGAAGUCGAUGCCGCCGUCAUCAUGAAACAGGUACUUUCUGGCACGACCUACCUGCACAAGCACAGCAUCGUGCAUCGCGAUCUGAAGCCCGAGAACCUUCUUCUUGAGUCCAAGAGCAAAGAUGCGCUCAUCAAGAUCGUCGACUUCGGUCUCUCUGCGCACUUCCAAGUCGGCGGAAAGAUGAAGGAACGCCUCGGAACGGCGUACUACAUCGCCCCAGAAGUUCUGCGCAAGAAGUACGAUGAGAAGUGCGACGUGUGGUCCUGCGGUGUCAUUCUGUACAUCCUGCUGUGUGGCUACCCGCCCUUCGGCGGUCAAACCGACCAGGAGAUCCUCAAGAGAGUCGAGAAAGGCAAGUACUCCUUUGACCCGCCUGACUGGAACGAAGUCUCUGACGAAGCGAAGCAGCUCGUCAAGCUGAUGCUUACCUACGAGCCCGCGAAGCGCAUUUCUGCGGAGGAGGCCCUGAACCAUCCAUGGAUUGUUAAGUUCUCGUCUCAGAAGCACACUGACGUCGGCAAGCACGCGCUUACUGGCGCCCUCGGCAACAUGAAGAAAUUCCAGUCGUCGCAGAAACUCGCCCAGGCAGCGAUGCUGUUCAUGGGUAGCAAGCUGACGACGUUGGAGGAGACCAAGGAGUUGACUCAGAUCUUCCGAGAGCUCGACAAGAACGGCGACGGCCAGCUUGACCGCAAGGAGCUCAUUGAAGGCUACAAGAAGCUCUUGCAGUGGAAGGGUGACACCGUCUCGGAUCUCGACAGCGCCCACAUUGAGGAGGAAGUGGAUCACAUUCUCCAGUCUGUCGACUUCGACAGGAACGGUUACAUUGAGUACUCCGAAUUCGUGACGGUGUGCAUGGACAAGCAGCUUCUGCUGUCUCGUGAGAGACUGCUCGCCGCCUUCCAGCAGUUCGACAGCGACGGCUCGGGCAAAAUCACAAACGAGGAGCUUGCCAGACUCUUCGGUGUGACGGAAGUGGACGACGAGACUUGGCAUCAGGUCCUGCAGGAGUGUGACAAGAACGACGACGGAGAGGUUGACUUCGAGGAGUUCGUCGAGAUGAUGCAGAAGAUCUGCGACGUGAAAGUGAAGAACUGA